CCUGACGAAACACGUAUUUGUUAAAGUGCGUUGUUCUCAGAGGAUUUGGCAUGGACCGCAAGCAAAUUUUGGUGACUGGCUUCCCCAAUGGAACGAAAGAAGCACAGCUUAUGAUCUACUUUCAGUCUGAGAGAGAUUCUGGAGGGGGCGACGUAGACAGCAUCGAAAUUGAUCGCGGAAGAGCAUACAUUACUUUCGAAGAAGCUGGAGCCGCCCGGCGGGUUGUUCGCCGAAAUGGCCAUUUCCUCCAGAAUUGCCAACUUCAGGUGAAAUUCCAUCCAGACUCGGAGGAUGAAUAUGAUGAGUACGAACAAGAACGACAUAAUCAACGAUUUGAAGAAUGCCAAGCCAGACAUAGAAGAAGGCGAGAUCUCCAGGACUUACCGGUUUCCCAGCAAUUCGAUAGAGAACAGCAAGGACAUCCUAAUGAACCUCCCGUGCCGAAGCAGUGCACAGUCAAAGUAAAGGGUGUGUUGCCAAACCUAUCAAAAGAUCUCUUGACCCUCUACUUCGAGAAUCCAAGGCGAUCUGAAGGUGGUCCAGUCUCUUCUAUUGACAUGAAACCUGAUCUUCAAAUUUGCUUGGUCACUUUUAAAAAUCCUGAAGAUGCUCAAAGAAUCGUGGAUAACUCCCCUCACAUCGUGUCCAGCGUUCGUCUUGACGUGUCUCUCGUCAAAGAGAGAGAGGAUGAAUUGCCAAAUGACUACGAGGACAACACCACUAUUUCAGACGGCCCUAUCAAAAUAAUUGUCAGCGGUAUAUCAUCGCCCAUCACCAAUGAUACCGUAAGGUAUUACUUUGAAAAUUCAAGGAGAUCUGGAGGAGGAGCUAUUUCUGAAAUUUUCUUUUCCGAAGAUGGAGAAGCCUGGAUAACUUUUCAGGAGGUGGAAGAUUUGCAAAAGCUUCUUCACCAAUCACAUUCUAUCAAUGGAAUGGUAAUCUCAGUGAAGAAAGAACCACCUAAAAAAAAAGUACCAUUGGACCCAAUCCGAGUGCAGGUCCGAGGUCUAAACGAGAAAAUUACUGGAGACUGUCUACUUUUAUACCUGGAGAAAUACAGCGGUGUUGAGGUUAAACAAGUUAUCAAAGGUUGCAAUAACAAUGCAGUGGCAAUAUUUGAAGCCGAACCAGACUUCGAAUCGCUUUUCAGUAAGGUGCACGGCGACAAUAAAGGUCCUGAAGGAAGCAAACCUCGUUUGGAGCGUGUUCCUGUUUGCUCCUCCAUUUUAGUCGAAGGAAUUAGUGAGAAUACCUCUAUGGAUACCAUACAAUUGUAUUUUGAAAGCAACAGACGUAGCGGUGGAGACAUCGUCAGCCAUGUAGAACGUAUCACGAAAAGUAGUGCCAUUGUUCACUUUGAAAAAGCAUCAGCCGUUCAGAGUGUAAUCGGCAAAGAGGUUCACAAACUCGAGGAUAAGAAUCUGGAAGUACGAUCAUAUCUUCCUUUUCUCGAAAGCUCGACCACGAAGAAGAUAGAAGAGCCAUUUGAUGCUGAAGUUUUUGAACACAUCAAAAUUAACCACCAUCAUGAUUUACUGAUUCUGUCAGAGGAAAACAAGGUCAACAUUAGCAUGGAUCCUGACAAGCAAGUUGCCGUAAUCGUCAACUCAGAAAAGGGAAACGUUCCCAAACAGUUAUGGCAAGAAAGAUCAGGACGCCUGCUGAGCUUCUUGCAAGGUUUUAAGAAAGCUGAAGUUCGCAUUCCUGCUGAAUUAGCCGAUGAAGUAUCAGAGCGCUGGAGAAACGCCCAAUCCUCUACAGAAACAUCCGCAAAUCUAAUAUCUUUCGGUGUACAAAACCGAGUAGCGCGCAUCAUUGGAAGGGUUCAAGAAGUAAGUGACGAGGAAAGGAGAAUGGAAGACUUCAUCCGUGCUGUUGAACAAGAUACUGAGCUUAUGAAGUCGGUAGCAAAAGUGACUGAGGAUGGCAUACCGAAGGCUCGAUUGAGACUAAUGGAACUGUCUGGCGUUUGCCAAAAUCUCCAAAACGAGCAUCAGUAUUUGAAAAUCUCUUUUGAUAUGGACGGAGAGAUGUUGUUAUUUGAGGGUCCCAGAGUUCUCCUUAAAGAUGUGCAGGCCAAAGUUUUUGCCCUGAUUUCAAAGAUGAUUGAGAAGCCCAUUGAGCUCGCACCAAACAUCAUAAAUGUUUUAAAAAAGCCAUCAGUGUCGAGCCACCUUAAAGAUCUAUUUAAGCAAAAAAACAUUCAGGCAAUUUUUGAUGGCGGCCAAAGCAACAGCUCUAACGAGAUCAAAAUCAUCGGUGUUGACGUGAAUAACACGCGAGAAGCAGAAAGAACUUUGCUGGCCGCUAUUCAAGAAAACAGCAUCCGUUUAACUGACGAAAAUGCCCAAGUGCUUAGCAGCAGUAGUUGGAAAAGUUUGCACUCACAAAUCAUAUCUAAUUCUAAAGUUGAAAUUGUCGUUGACAUUCCCUCGGGCACUGUGUGGGUUAGCGGAGUUGUGGAAGAUGUUAAAGAAUGCUACGAUCAAAUCAUUGACUUUCUUCAAAAAAACACUAUACUAUGUGACACCGUCGUUUUAGACACUGGUUCAACGCGGUUCGUCUUCGAAAGGUUAAGCUCUAAAAUUGACGAAAUUAAGAAAGACCUAGCCACCUGUUCUGUGGACGUGCGAAUGGCUGCAGACUCUAAGGGUAUAGAGGUAUCUGGAACUACAGAAGGACUAAAGAGGUGCUCACCAAGAAUUCUUGAGCUAACCAAAAGUAUUGCGACGGCCUCCAUCCCGAUUGAUAGGCCAGGGAUGAAGAAAUUCUUCUUGCGGGGUAAAGGACCUAAAUCGCUAAAAUCGAUUGAGGACGCCAACAGCUGUAUCAUCAUUCCAAAAGAAGGAAACGAAAUCGAAGCCUCGCUGAUCUCAGACGAAGAGGAGGAGAAAAUAUUUGAAGGAACCUCCGCCGAGUUUAUUUGUAGCUUCCUCACGAAAGAAACAAAAAAGAUCUCCGUCUUUAAAGGCGACAUCACGAAACACCCUGUCGAUGCUAUAGUUAAUGCAGCCAAUGAAAAUUUACAACAUGCCGGAGGUUUGGCUGCAGAGAUAGUCAGGGAGGGUGGAAGCGAUAUCCAGCGUCAAUGUGACCAGUUUGUUGCAGAUAUAGGCCGUCUUUUAGAGGGGCGGACACUAGUUACAACUGCAGGAAGGUUACCAUGCAGUCAAAUCAUCCACACAGUUGGGCCUAAAUGGGAUUUCACAGCAGAAAGACUUCGAAGAGAUGGCAUCGAAACAAGACAAGAACGCGUGCUUAAGCUGGCCAUUAAGAAUAGCCUAAAGGAAGCCGCAAGUCUGAAGACAAUAGCUAUUCCAGCGAUAAGUUCCGGCGUGUUUGGCGUACCGCGUGACCUUUGUGCUAAAGUCAUACUAGAUGCUGUCGUAGAAUUCUGCCAGGAUAAUCCGUCUUGCCAUUUAUCAGAGAUUCAUCUUGUUAACAAAGACAAGCCUACAGUCAUUGCUUUCUCGGAUGAAAUGAGGAAACGAUUUUCCAAGGAGAAUAAUUUCACUGCUGAGGAAAGGUCUGGUCGCGCGAUCCCAACGCUGCGACCCAGAGGAGCUUCGAAUUCUUUCACAACGCAGGAGGGGAUUCAAAUCACCCUAAAAGGUGGAGAUCUCGCUAAAGAACGGGCUGAUAUCUUGGUUGGAACAGCGGCAGGAAAUCUCAAACUUGACCAGAAUCCUUGUGCGAUGGCGCUCAGCAAAAAGGCUGGUCAAUGUUUGCAAGACGAAUGUGAUAAGAAAAAAGCUGUUUCUGAAGGUAACAUCGCGGUGCUACAGCAUACCGGAGGUUUGAAAUGCCAAGCAGUCAUCUUUGCCAUAUGUUCGGACUGGGAUAAUGGUAAAGGAAGACAGAUUCUGAUAGACCUGAUAAAGAAGUGUUUGAAAGAAGGAGACAGAAAAAAUGCCAAAUCGAUUGCUUUUGCUGCUAUUGGUACUGGGAUACUUCGCUUUCCUCGAGAUCAGGUUGCAAAAAUCUAUUUCGACGAAGUAGUAUCAUUCAGUAAGAGGAACCCAAAUACUAAACUGAAAGACAUAAGAUUUGUGUUAUAUGACAAAGACACCCCGACCGUCCAGGCCUUUGAUGUAGAGUUAGAGAACAGGCUGAAGAAUGCUGGCCGUAAAAGUAAGGCCUCCCAAGUCAGCGUCACCAACACAUCAGCUACUGCCAGUCUUUCAUUCUCUCCGGUAACCGAACGAAAUCCGGAUCACUUAGAGACAACCAUCGGGUUACUCUCCUUUCAAGUUCAACAUGGGGACAUCACAAAAGAUUCAACAGAUGCCAUUGCCGUUAUCAAUAAUCCUUCCUUAGAUCUCUCAGUUGGCCAUGGAGCGGGAGCAGCCAUUCUUAACAGAGGGGGCCUCUCCAUUAGCGACGCGUGCGCUGAAUACGAUCCCCAAAGACCAGGCUCCGUUGUUGCUACAACAGCAGGACGCUUAAAAGCAAAAUUCCUCUUCCAUAUCGUCCCAAUUGAACCUAUUACUGCUAAAAGUAUCAAAGCCUCCGUAUUGGAAUGCCUCCGAAAGGCUGAAGAAAGAAAAGUCACCUCCAUUUCGUUUCCGGCCAUUGGGACUGGAGCCCUUGACAUUUCAGCAAAGUCUUGUGCACAUUCAAUUCUGUCUGCAGUCCGCGAAUUUGCUAACCAAGGGCCUGAGCACAUGCAACUUGUCAAAAUGACGAUUUUCCAGAAAAGCAUGAUCAAAGAUAUUCGUUCAGCAUUGUUUGAAGCAUCAGGUCAAAGCCCUCCAGCAGAACCAGGAUUACUUCAUAAAUUCACCUCUGGGCUUAAAACAGUAGCUGGCUUCAUUGGACUUGGUGGGAAUGAGGCAAGCACUGCGACGUCGGAUGUUCAGAACGUUGACAACACAAAGCUAAAUCUCGUUAUAUAUGCUGGCAGUGAGAGUGAUCUUCGCCAAGCCUCAAAAGAAGUUAAUGAUCUGAUGGCUGAGAAUUCUGGCCAAAACGUUAUCAGCGAUGAAGUAAUCGGGCGUUUGACCGAAGAGCAUUUGUCAAAAAUUCACACCCUUGAGCUAAGAUACAGCGUUAAGGCUGUGGUAGAAAAAGAGUUUGAUCGCAUAGAGUUAUGUGGGCAAAUAGAAGAUAUUCUCAUAGUAACUUCAGAGAUCCAUGAGCUCCUCGAUCAAAUAAAGAAAGACGAAAAUGAACGCUUUCGAGCAGAGAUACUGUCGAAGAAUGUCCAGUGGAAGUUCAAGCUUGGCAAUAGGUUUCUAAAUUACGAGAGUGAUCUCAACACUAAAAUCGAAAUCGCCUACCAGGAAAACAAGGGAACAGUCACCGUCGUGCAGGAGGGAGAGCUCUACGAAAUAUCUUUCCUUGCCAUGAAAGAGACAAGCCAAAAUGGCCAAAGCACAGAAAUCAAGAGGUGUAACCGGGGUGGAGACCCUCACGUUCCGGAUUAUUGGGAUCCUCAGCCACAAGAUAAGAAGGUGCAUAUUGUCGACAUAAAACCUGCGUCGCAUGUACAGGAGUACAAGAAGGUCAGCGAUUUAUUCAAAGCAACCUGCCAAAAGAAAAUCGUCAAAAUAGAAAGAAUUCAAAAUACAGCUGCGUUUGGAAUUUACGCCAUUCAGCAACAAAAGAUGGACGAGUCUGUCAAUGGGAGCAAUGAAAUGCUGCUGUUUCAUGGAACAACAGAGGAUAACUGUCGAGCCAUUAAUCACAAAGGCUUCAAUAGGAGUUAUAGCUGGCAAAGAAACAACCUUUAUGGAAAGGGCGUUUACUUCGCUAAAGAAGCAAGUUAUUCCGCAAGUUCUCAGUAUUCACCACCUGGUCCAACAGGCUUUCGACACAUGUAUCUCGCAAGGGUGCUGGUCGGUGAUUACACAGUGGGGAAGAAAGACAUCAUAGUCCCUCCAUCCAAAACGUUAAAUGACCCUACAGAUACAUACGACAGCGUCGUGGAUCAAAUUCCCAACCCAGAGAUCUUCGUGGUAUUUCAGGACCCGCAAUCUUAUCCCGAGUACCUGAUAACCUUCCAGUAACGAACGGUGGUGGUUUUUUUUUUUUUUUUGCUUUUUUUUGUUUUUUGUUUUUUUG